AUGGAGCAAACGAUAAGAGAUCUGGACGAACAAGCCACCCGGUUGAUUACGCGAGAACACUUUAUCGCGUGGGAAGAGCGUGUUGACGAAUUCAUCGAUUCGCUCGAUGAGCAGACUCGAAAUCCACAAUUAUCGAUCGGUGUGAGACAAUCUGUCAUCGCUCGUAUCGCGCGAUUGGAAAGUUUGAAAGAUUCGGUGCGCGGACGAUUUGUGCAAGUGGGUGCAGGAUACGGUGCGGAACUCAGAUGGCGUGAGAUAGACGCAGCUUUCAACAGUCGUAUACUGACCGGUGCAUUUAAUCCUUUGCACGCGGGGUGUCAUAUUCAGUUACCGCGAGAAAUUAUAACGAAGAAAGCGGUCGUGAACGUGCAAUUUAUAGGCAAUGCAUGUUUCGCAUGGUCAGUGGUGGCGGCCCUAUAUCUAGCUAAAAGUCACGUGGAUCGGGAAUCGUCGUAUCCGCAUUAUAAAUCUGUGUUAAAUCUCAAAGACAUUCAAUUCCCCAUGACUUUAAGUCAAAUAAAAAAGUUUGAGAAUCUCAACGCAAUCUCCAUCAACGUAUAUACCAUCGAGAACGUGGAACAAGUAUCGAUCCUACCGAUUCGCCUCGCUGACACGAAGAAGGAGAAGCAUGUUAAUUUACUGUACGUGGAGAAAGAUGGUGUGGGACAUUUCACAUGGAUCAAGAAUUUGUCCCGCCUCGUUAGCUCGCAACUGAGCAAAAACGCGCAAAAGAAAUACAUUUGUGAUAGAUGUUUGCACUAUUUUAGUUCGAGCGAAAAGUUGGAGGUCCACACUGUUGACUGUGGGGAGAUGAACGAAUGCGCGAUCAGGUUACCAAGCGAAGACGACAAGUGGCUAAGUUUUAACAACUACAGCAGGAAGGAACGUGUCCCGUUUGUUGUGUAUGCCGACCUGGAAUGUAUCCUGACAAAAAUGGAGAGAGAUCCGUAA